AUGAGGGAUGAUUCGCCAAUUUGGCCUGGAAGCUCAACAGAAAAAACAACAGCUCAAACGUUUGGAGAGAUGAAGUCACAGCCUACGAAUGGUGCGGAUUAUUCUGGAGUCCUAUUUGAACACUGUUCUAAUACUGCUUAUGCUUCCUCUUCUUUCGCGAGAGAGCCUAUUUCAACAUCGACACCUAUCCCAACCCUCGUCUACUCUUUCCCAGAAACCAAUCUUUCCACCCCGCCAAACCAAGAAUUAAGGCCCUCCCAGCCAUCUACUACGUCAGCACCCUCCAACAUCCCUCUCUUCAACCCUCAAACUUCUCAAACUCGUCAAUCUCAGCAUGAUAUUGAAGAAGAGAAUGGCUAUUCGUCCUCCAACGACCGCGGCAUUCAAAUGGAAGACAAGGAUGAGCCAUUGGAUAUCCUUGAUGCCGAGCCUAUACCAGAUGUUUAUGAGUUUCAGGAACCGACACCGGUUGCUUCUUCAAGACCGACGAAGAACGUUUUGUUGAACGGUCAUUAUUGGGUUGAAAGGGUAUUGGGUACUGAAGGGCAUGGAGAAUUGAUUUUAUUGUAA